AUCGGGCGGGCUAGGAAAAGUCCAAACCAAGACUCAAUUUGUCGCAUUCAUACUUUUCCUACAAAACCACCGCAAAUAUAAGCAGCACAAAGAUAACUCAUCCAUUCACUCUCAGAAAAAACUUCCAAAUUUGUUAAUUUUCACACAAAUUCAUCUCAAUAAAUCUUGAUUAUUCCAACAUUUUAGUUUCCUAUUUUAAUUCUCAAAACUUGGCAAAACAGAACAAAUAUGAAGAGCAAAGCGAGUGGGCAGAACAGAUUUAUCCGAAUUUUAUCACUACCAUGGAAGGCAUUAAUAAAAGCAAGAGAUUGUUACGUAGGCACCAUGACGAAUUACGCAGUUGUAAAUCCACGUAGUUUGUCUAAGAGUUACAGUGUUACAUCGACGAGGUCUGAUGAUAGCGAAGAUUUUAGGGACCUUGUUAGAGCGGCAUCAGCAAGGAGCAUGGGAGAGAAUUUUGAACUGAAUUUAUUGAUACAACAACAAAUAAGACAGCAAUUGCAACAACAAAUGCCGUCUAGGAAAGUGCCUAGGAGUGUUAGUGUUGGCAUGGGAAGAAUUGAUGAAGACAAGCCGUUUGUUUUAGGUGAUCAAGAAGAUGUUUCAAUGAUGUUGAUGAAGAAUGAUUUGAAGUAUCCUAGGAGUAGAAGUCAUGCUGUUUCAAAUACCAGCAAAUUUCAUGCAAAUCGAUUUUAUUAGGUGGAUUGGUUGUGGGGAAAUUUGAUUACUUCCUUGAGAAUUUUUGAGGAAGGUGAAUCUUUCUUGUAUUUGUUUACCACGCUAGGUAUGAGAAUGUAACUAUCGAUCUUUGUUUAAUGGGAAUGUACUGAUUGUCUCA